AUGAAGUUGCCCACUUUCAUCACCCAUUACCUUGCCAUUGUUGCAAUAUCUAUACACAUUGCACAAUCCCUGCCAUAUCUUCCAGAGGAAGAAAACUGGAAUCUCAAUCAAAACCAGACAGCGACAGACCCCCUCGACUAUUCGGGUCAGUGGGAUGGACACACAUACAACCCUUCACCAGAGAACUGGCGAUUCCCCUUUUACACGAUAUUCCUCGACAGAUUUGUAAAUGGUGAUCCGAGUAACGAUAACGCAAAUGGCACACAGUGGGAACAUAUCUUGACCUCUAACGAGUUCCGCCAUGGCGGUGACGUUCUAGGUUUGGUUGAUACGUUUGAUUAUCUUCAGGGGAUGGGAAUCAAGGGUGUUUAUCUUGCUGGAACGCCGUAUAUCAACUUUCCCUGGGCUGCGGAUGGAUACUCCCCGCUUGACCUGACUCUGCUGGACCAUCACUUUGGUACGAUCGAGGACUGGCGCACAAUGAUAUCCGAGGCACAUCGACGGGGGUUAUAUGUUCUUUUUGACAAUACAUUUGCGACAAUGGGCGAUCUUAUCGGUUUUCAGGGUUUCCUGAACAAGUCCGCGCCAAUCAAUGCCAACGAGUACGACUAUGAAUGGAAGUACGGCCGCCGAUACUGGGACUUUCAGCCUGGAAAUGAAGUUGAGAGUGAAUGUCCCUGGGAGUUUCCUCGGUUCUGGGAUGACGACGGGAUCGGUUUGACCACCACAACCCUUGGUCCUUCAUGUCGGAAUAGUGAAUUUGAUCAGUAUGGAGAAGUUGCCGCAUUUGGGAAUUACACCGAAUGGGAAGGGCAGAUAGCCAAAUUCGCAUUUGUGCAGGAUCGUCUACGCGCAUGGCGGCCGGACGUGCUGGCCAAGAUCAAACACUUUUCGUGUCUUACCAUCACCAUGCUUGAUGUCGACGGAUUCCGGGUCGACAAAGCUCUACAAGUUACCCUUGACUCUUUGGGAGAAUGGUCCGAGCAUAUAAGGGAUUGCGCCAGUCAGGUGGGAAAAGACAACUUCUACAUUCCCGGAGAGAUUGUGGCGGGCAACUCUUUUGGCUCGCUAUAUGUCGGUCGCGGUCAACAGACAAAUCAGACCAAGAACAACUUGACGGAAGCAUUUAUGAUGACGAAUAAGACAGACAAGUCAAAUGAGGAUCUGUUCUUGAGACCCGCGGAGAGGUCUGCGUUGGACGGGGCGGCAUUCCACUACACAUUAUAUCGUGCUCUGAGCCGGUUUCUAGGUCUGGACGGUACCUACACUGCCGAAGGCGACCCGCCAGUCAACUUUGUGGAGACCUGGGAUGGCCUUGUGGAAACCAACGACAUGGUCAACACGAACACCGGAGAGUUCGAUCCUCGUCACCUCUUCGGUGUCACGAACCAGGAUGUCUUCAGGUGGCCAGGUAUCAAAAACGGGACCCAAAAGCAGAAUCUGGGCCUGUAUGUCGCUUCGUUGAUCAUGCCUGGAAUCCCAAUCAUUUCCUGGGGCGAGGAACAGGAUUUCUACGUACUGGACAAUCAGGCUGACAACUAUGUCUUCGGUCGUGGACCCAUGACUUCUGCUCAGGCAUGGCAGCUUCACGGAUGCUACAAGCUGGGGUCAUCGAAAUACGUUGACUUCCCGCUUGACCGUUCACUGACCGGAUGUGAAGACGAUUCCGUCAGUCUAGAUCACCGCGAUCCUUCUCACCCAGUGCGAGGCCUCAUCAAGAUGAUGUUUGAGAUGCGUGAAAAUUAUCCCGCAUUGAAUGAUGGCUGGUACCUGCAGCAACUGUCAAAUCAGACGUUCGACAUUUACCUUCCAGGCAGUAAUGGAACAGCGACCGAGACUGGUAUGUGGAGUGUCAUGAGAUCACGAUUUGCGAAUACGCAGAAUUUCGAUGGCCAAGGCCAGGGGAAUCAGAGUGUCUGGCUGUUGUAUUCUAAUGACAACAAAUCAGUUGAACACCAGUUCAAUUGCAGCAGUAAGGACGCUUUGAUCUCGCCAUUUCCUGGGGGAACAACGGUCAAAAACCUUUUUCCUCCGUUCGAGGAAAUGACCCUGACCAAUAGCUCGACUACGCUUGGAUUUGAAGGUUCUAAACUUCCAAACGGCUGUCAUCCCAACCUUACUAUGCCGGCCUGGAGCUUCAAAGCCUUUGUUCCGAAGGCUAAAUUCGUGCAGCCUUCCCCAUAUAUAACACGCUUCUCCCCAGGGCAUGACGCUCGACUUGUGCCCCAGGGAACAAGUGGGGAUACAGUACGGAUUGGCUUCGAAUUCUCUCAGGAGAUGGAUUGCGGGGACAUCACCAGAUCGCUGACGAUCACAUCCAAAGCGCUGAAUGACGAGAGCCCACAGCUUGACACGACGUCGGUCUCUUGUAAAUCCAUUGAAGAGACUGAAGUUGUGACGUGGCCGGGGGCACUCACAAGCGUUUUCAGUUACGAGGUAGAUUUGGGCAAUGUCUUUCCAGGAGUUCACAGAGUCACACUUAGCAACGUGACUACAGCAGAUGGAAAUAAAUCCACAGGUUCCAUUGACCACUUUCUCUUCCGGAUUGGAGAGAUAAACAAUCCGAUGGUCUGGCCACAGCUAGCGAACUACAGCAGAACCUUACUGUUCGACAACCCGUCGUCUGACACUGAACCCUUAUCAGUAAUGCCACAAGCCCCCGGUGCAGACAUGUGGCGAUACUCGCUGGAUUUUGGAGCUACAUUCAGUGCCUGGAUGACAUACACCGGUUUCAACACAUCGAUUCCCGGCAAGAACUGGAGCGGCACUGCCAAGCAGGCCUGGGAAGGAGAACAUAUCCUUGCCCAAUACUGGAGCAAGUUGACCGGGAGUAGCGCUCAUUGGACGCAUGGAGAUACGCAAUGGGCAUACAAGCCCCCACGUCGUUUCCCAAACCUCUUCAUCGAAGGCGAGUUCAACCAGUUCGGAUAUGACGCUGGCUAUUCCAAUAAAAUGGCUCUGAGCAACGACACUGGCGUAUGGGAAAUCCAUUUCAUGGGCGAAUGGCCCGUGCAGGUUGCAUUCAACGCCUGGGGAUUGAACGAAGACGGCCUUCCUGAUCAAACGCAGGUUUUUGGGGACAUCGAUGGAGACAAUGUUCUGGAUCAAGUCCCUCCAGUCACGCUGCUGAGCAAUGUUUUCAACGUCACCAUCCCACCCCCUUCGCCCUAUCUUGCCUUCAAGCUGUCGGUCGAUGACGGCGAUCUUAGGGUCUACGCUACACCUACAGGAUCCAUGUGGGCUCAGGUCUCCAUAUUUAUCGUGCUAGCGAUUGUACCUGUCGCCACUGCUGUCGGUGCGGUGUGUAUUUACCUGAAGGCAUUUUAUCAGGUUAAAUUCAACCAGAUCGGUGUCACAGAGAAGAGAUCAAGCAUGGCUCCACUGGUGGGCGUCUUUAACCGGGUGACCCAUCGAUCUAACGACAGAGAAUCCAAUCCUGGACUUGCUCUGACCAAUGCGGACCUGUUUCCAACUGAUAGUGGAGGCGUUGUCGGCGCCCCGGUACCAAUCCGCCGGCGAACCGUGCUCAUUGCAACGAUGGAAUACGAUAUUGAGGAUUGGGCCAUCAAGAUCAAAAUUGGUGGGCUCGGUGUGAUGGCCCAGCUGGUAGGGAAACAUCUCACCCAGCAUGAUCUCAUAUGGGUAGUCCCUUGUGUUGGAGGCGUUGAGUACCCCAAGGACGAUCCCCGAGAGCCGAUUGUGAUUACCAUUCUUGGUGAAAAAUAUCAAGUGGAUGUCCAGUACCAUCGGAUGCAGAACAUCACGUACGUCUUGUUAGACGCGCCUGUGUUCCGAGCUCAGUCCAAAACAGAGCCGUAUCCUGCCCGUAUGGAUGACAUGGAUUCGGCCAUAUUUUAUUCCAGUUGGAAUCAAUGUAUCGCUGAAGCCAUCAGGAGAUUUCCGGCUAUCGACCUCUAUCACAUCAAUGAUUACCAUGGCGCCGCUGCCCCGCUCUAUCUUCUACCUCGCACUAUUCCUUGCUGUCUGUCUCUGCAUAACGCUGAAUUUCAGGGACUCUGGCCAAUGAAGACUACACAGCAAAACCAAGAGGUUUGCAGUGUCUAUAACCUCGACCAUGCAUUGGUAAAGAAGUAUGUACAAUUUGGUGAAGUGUUCAACCUUCUUCAUGCAGCUGCCAACUAUCUGAAAAUCCAUCAAAACGGAUUCGGCGCUGUCGGUGUCUCCAAGAAAUACGGCAAGAGGUCGUACGCCAGAUAUCCGAUUUUCUGGGGUCUCAAGAACAUCGAAGCGUUGCCAAACCCAGACCCGUCUGACAUCGCCGAGUGGGAUCACAACGCGAACAGCAUUCUCGAAGACGUUGUCAUCGAUGCAGAAUUUGAAGCCAGUCGUGCCACACUCAAGAGACAAGCGCAAGAAUGGGCAGGCCUUAAUGUUGACCCAGAGGCCCAGCUGUUCGUGUUUGUUGGUCGUUGGUCCAUGCAAAAGGGCGUUGAUCUGAUUGCAGACAUCUUCCCCUCCAUUCUAGACGACCACCCAACGGUUCAGUUGAUGUGUAUUGGUCCAGUCAUUGAUCUCUUUGGAAGAUUUGCAGCGUUGAAACUCAAUCGCCUCACAGAGCUCUACCCUGGGCGGGUCUAUUCCAAACCAGAGUUUACUGCACUGCCGCCCUUCAUUUUCAGUGGCGCUGAAUUCGCCUUGAUUCCUUCUCGUGAUGAACCGUUCGGUCUAGUGGCCGUAGAAUUUGGACGGAAAGGAGCGUUGGGCGUGGGAUCACGUGUUGGUGGCCUUGGGCAGAUGCCAGGAUGGUGGUUCACAAUCGAGUCUAUGACAACCAAACAUCUCAUCCAACAGUUCAAGAUGGCCAUCAACGACGCUCUGAAAUCAUCCCAGGAGACACGAGCGCUCAUGCGUGCACGAUCCAGCAAGCAGCGCUUUCCCGUAGCACAGUGGGUUGAGGAUCUAGACAUUCUACAUGCCACCUCAAUAGAAAAGCACGCCAAGUACUCCAAACGUCACGAUCGCAGCUCAUGGAGGCUUUCCACUGGCAGCACCCUUGUCACAGAAAGCAUUCGCAAGGUCUCAAGCUCAAAAACCAGCCGUGAACAAAGCCGGUCACGAGGCUCCACCUUGUCUGACCCGCCGAGCAGGCCGAUCACGUCUGAUAUGAGACUGUCAGUACCUCGACCAGAUUUCGACCACGUUCUGUCAGCGACAAUUCCGUCUUCCAAUCUGAACAUUUCCGACAACGAGCCCGAUUCUGAUACCGACCCAAGACGCAGACUCUUCUCCUCCGACCCCCUCGCAGAGCCGCGAAUCGUUUACUCUGCAGAAAGCGAUGGAGAAGAUCUCGAGCCCAUGUCUUUGGCCUUCCAAGAGGACGGCAGCGUCCGUCCAUCACCGCUUGGGACACCUACCGUUGAAUUUGCUCGAUCUGGCACAAGCACACCAGGUCUCAGUGCAGGGCCAGAAGUUGGUCUGCUGGGUCGAGACGCAAGGGCGUCCAUGAUGAGUCUGGCCAGCGUCGAUGGUAUAAUAAAGGAAAAACUAGACUACAACCUCCAGAAGGUUGAUCCAUUUUUCACGGAUUCGUACAACGAGUACGCAGAUAAAUUUGAGAAGAAGCUUGCGGGUCUGAAUGGCAAGAACUCUCAGGACCAGCUCUGCAUCGAAGAGUUCCUCGAGAAAAGCCAAAAAGACUGGUUCAAUCGUUACCGCGACGUCAAAUUGGGCAAGUCCCCCUUGCCUUCUCCUGCUCCCUCUGUCUUUCGCAUCAAGGUCCGUGAAACCGGUCAUCCAGAGAGCCCGCCAAGUACUGGUUCAGUUGGAGACACUCACUCCGAGCAAUUCGUUCUCCCAGUUUUCUAUGUUCCCCCCACUGGCUUGAAGCGUUUCAUGUUGAUGAAGUUGGGUGAUUGGCCUGUAUACUCCAUCUUCCUCGCUAUUGGUCAAAUUCUUGCUUUGAACUCGUACCAGAUCACACUUCUAAAUGGUGAGAUUGGAGAGACGGCCCAAAAGCUAUACAUUUUGGCAUCCAUCUACCUUGCUUCUUCUAUCAUAUGGUGGAUGGUCUUCCGUUUGGUCCCCUCUGUCUAUGUAUUGGCGAUGCCUUUCUUUAUAUAUGGGUUUGCCUUUUUGUUUGUCGGUCUUGCCGCCGUACCUAGCGGCCUAAGUCGAACAUGGCUACAAAACGUGGGAAUCGGCUUGUAUUCGUUUGCCUCUUCCAGUGGUUCAAUUUUCUUCGCCCUUAACUUUGGAGAUGAAGGUGGAGCGCCUCUGAAGUCUUGGAUUUAUAGGGCUACCGUCAUCCAGGGCACUCAACAGCUGUUCAUCAGUUUCCUUUGGUACUGGGGUAGCUGGAUGGCAGCUCUCAAUCAAACAGGUAACAUGAAGUUUAGUCUUGCCAUGACCAGUCCAGGCGCUUUGCUCGGGAUCGGACUCGGACUUGCCGCUCUUCUGUGGCUGUUGGGGGCCCUGGUCUUCUUUGGACUUCCUUCGUAUUAUAGACAAACACCAGGUCAAGUACCGACGUUCUACCUAUCGCUCUUUCGCCGUCGCAUAAUUCUUUGGUUUUUCUACAUGGUGUUCAUAUCAAAUUAUUGGCUGUCGGCACCUUACGGACGAAACUGGCUCUAUCUCUGGUCCAGCAAGCAUGCAAAGGUGUGGCAGGUCAUUAUACUCGUCCUUUUCUUUUUCAUCUUUGUCUGGGCGGCAGCUCUCUGGGUCUUUCACGUCUUUUCCAAGCGACACGCCUGGUUCAUCCCGAUCUUUGCCGUCGGUCUUGGGGCUCCUCGAUGGGCCCAAAUCCUGUGGGCAACCUCCAACAUAGGCAUGUACAUUCCCUGGGCCGGUGGUCCUGUAGCUGGAGCUCUCGUUGGUAGAGCACUAUGGCUCUGGCUAGGAGUUUUGGAUUCCCUUCAGGGUGUCGGGUUUGGAAUGAUACUCCUCCACACAAUGACUCGGUUCCAUGUGACCUUCACACUUCUAGCCGCACAGGUGGUCGGUUCCGUUGCGACUAUCCUCGCCCGCGCUACAGCACCGGAUAAGUUAGGCCCUGGUAACGUUUUCCCUGAUUUCUCCGCUGGCAUCGCAGCCGGCUUGGGAAAGGCAGACUUCUGGGUCUGUCUAUUAUUCAUGAUAUCUAUCAACGUGCUCUGCAUCUUCUUCUACCGCAAAGAACAACUCUCGAAACCUUGA